AUGAGCAGCGCCGACCGCAAUAGACCGCUCGACCUCUCGUGGGAAGAGCCGCUGCCGCACGCACUCACGCCGACGCGCACCUACCUCUCGACCCCCAGCGCUUCGACCCAAGUAGCCAUCGUUGCGAUCCACGGACGGGGCGACAGCGCACGUGACUUUGCCGAUGCGUUUGUGCCGCACCUACGAGCGUUCUUCGGAUCACAUCUGCAGGGCGAAAUGGACGACAACGAGAACAUGAGCGGCGCCGAGACGAGUCCUGAAAGCGGUGGAGCGAGGGUUACGCUGAGAGCGCUGGAGGCGCAGGACGGCAUUUGGUUCGGCACACACACACCCAAGGGAGACAGCGACCUCGCCUUCCAAGCUCCCUACGUACACAGCAGCCUGCUCAAGCUCACCCACGAGAUCCAGUCGCUCAAUCGCAUCGGCGUUCCCAACUCGCGCAUCGUGCUGGUGGGCUUCAGUCAAGGUGCCAUCCUCAUCAACUCGUACCUUUUGCGCGCGCUGCAGCUGUUGUCUCAGGACGCGGCACAAGUGAGGGUGCAGAAUGGCGAGCUUGAGGGUGCAGAAUGGCGAGCUGUGCGAGUCGAGGCUGCCACUGCCAGCGUACUUUUUAGGUUGGGCAGGGACGACCUUGUCCUUCGAGACGACGUUCCCAACUCCGGGAUGGCCGUUCUUCUCCAACGCGUCCGCAUCUUCCACUUCUGA